AUGGCCGAAGGAACGUACGAAUAUGAGUGUAUGCGAGCGGAACUGCUUGGGCUGGCCCAUCCCAGUCGGGAGGAGUUUGAGGCGAAGAUGAAGCUCAGACAGGAAACGGAGGUGGAGGAGCAGCUCACGGAGCAGUUGAAGGAGGUUGAUUUGCAAGAGGAAUCCUUUCAGGGCACUUCCGGCAAGAUGGAUGAGCUGAACAGCAUCCUGACAGCGACGCAGCAAAAGAUUAACAAGUUUAAAGUGGCCUGCGGCAGUUUGACCAGCUUGCUAAAGCUUCGCCCAUCGACACCGAGCAAUGAGCCAGCCGGUGCGUCCGAGGGUAAAUCUAUCAACGAUGCACUCGAGACGCUGGACACGAUGAAAGAUCUGAAUGCGGCAUCGGAUGCGACGGUGACCAAAGCGGCAGCAGCAGAUCUCGGCACGAAGGUGACAUCGCAGCUGGACAAGCUUGAUUCGUUGCUGUACAAGGCCGAUAACGCGACGUACUCGAUGAAAGAUCAGACGCAUCAGAUGAAAAAGAUUGCCAAGUAAGCCACCCCGUGCCGCCGGGAUGGAAACCGACAAACAAACACCAACCGCUCGAAUGACCUUUUUUCGGCUGGCAACGAACUGGAGCUGGAAGUGGACGCUUCCCUCCACAUACAUACAGUACGCUUACAGAUACGAAACAAACAUGUGUGCAAAACGUUAUCAAAAACUAUCAAACUAUUCUAUUGCGGCCCUUCUGUGUAUAUUGAUACGCUACGUUGGCAAUCUUAGGUUAGGCAACUCCUCGACGACCUCCGAGGAACGUACCUUUACUAUACAAUCGUCUAGCUAUGCUAUAGGUACUUUUACAUCUUGUUACAAGUAGGCCACUAUUACUUCCUGUUCCCCGUUUCCAUUAGUUUUCCUUCAAACAGCAGUUCCAGCAAUGCGCUUCGGAAGGAAUUGCCGUUUUUAUGCUUCAACGUUCGAUGUUAGUGAAGUAAGACACGUUAGCGGUUAUACACUAAAGCUAAAGCUUUCUAUUUUCUUUGCUAUUUCUGCUCAAACGGUCGGUCUUCCACAAAUUCAAAAUUGUUAGCAAACAAACAAACACAAAAAACACAUAAACACACACACAAACCAUUGUCUCUACUCAAACUGCUUAGAUGCGAUUAGCGCUGCCGGAUUUGGCCAUUUUUGCCGUGCGUCUUUGCGGAACCGAUUGUGAUAUUUAUAGUUUUGUACGUUUUUUGUGUGUACGAUGUUCGAUGUACUUUAGUUGAUCAUACGCCUCCCGAAUAUGACAGCGCAAAACACAAACCAAACAAAAAUACCAGAUGCUUCCAGAGUUGGUGGUGCGAGUGGGUCCUGUUAUCUUCUCUAUCUGCGCGGCUUCUGACGGAGAAGUGGGUUCGAACGGGCACCAGGGUUCACAGUGACUGGCAAGGGAGAUCUCAAUAACCGUAAGAAAUGUUAACCACCAGCAAUAACAAUAUAUAAAUGAACCUUACAAUAAUUUAACUGUGUAUUAGAAAAGAUAAAUAAAGGCAAAGGUACAAUUAUUCACGUAUUGA